UCGUCGGAGGCAUAUUAGCAGAAAUAGUAAACUUUCCAUAUAUGGUGAAUAUCAGAUACAUUGAUACUAAUGAGCUCAGAUGUAGUGGUUCGAUUAUUAGUAGGAAACACAUACUAACGGCGGCCCACUGCGUUCUCAAUGUGAAUUGUACGAAUUUAAUAAUAUACGCGGGAACCGACAACUCCAGGAACACCUCGGGACCUCAUUAUCACAUACACAAUUUUAUAGUUCAUCCCAGCUAUACUGGAGAUACACACGAUCUGUUUAAGCAUGACAUCGCCAUUAUUACGAUCAGAGAACGCCUCGCUUUUAACCGGUUUCAGCGAAGUAUCCGUCUUCCAACUAAAAAUGUCUAUGGUGGCGAACGGGGUUUAAUUAGUGGUUGGGGAAGGAUAAAAUACGAAGACAGAGCUACUUCGGAGAAAUUGAUGCAAGCUCCAAUGACAAUUAUUAGAAACGAAGAAUGCUUUAGUAGACUUCCGUUUCAUAUUCGUCCGGAUCAAUUUUGUGGAUUUGAAGCAGUAGGAAUUGGCCAAUGCGUUGGUGAUAGUGGUGGACCAUUGGUCGUUGAUGGAAUAAUUGUCGGCGUUGCUUCGUUCGUUCUUCCAUGCGCCGAAGGUCUACCUGAUGUAUAUACUAAAGUUUAUAGUCAUUUGAGUUUCAUUAGGAAAGAAAUAUCUUUGACGGACAGUGUGAUUAGUUGUAAUUGUCAAUAAGGGAUAUACAACAUU